UCUUCGUCACCAUUUUAGAAUUUAGAAACCUAAACCUCUUAGUGCGCGCUCAAGAGAAGAAGAAGAAGGCUAGAGAGAGAUCUUAGAUCCAUUUGGAGGAGCUCCGGUUGAGGAUCGAUGGAGCGAUCUUCGAGGAAUCGUAGCGCCGUGGUUGUUCUUGGGCUUUUGCUUGCUGGAUGUCUGUUUGCAUUCUCAAUUGCGAAAGAAGAAGCCACUAAGUUGGGCACGGUUAUUGGAAUUGAUCUUGGGACAACUUAUUCAUGUGUUGGUGUGUAUAAGAAUGGUCAUGUUGAGAUCAUAGCCAAUGACCAAGGUAACCGCAUCACCCCAUCUUGGGUGGCUUUCACGGAUAGUGAAAGAUUGAUUGGUGAAGCUGCAAAGAAUCAGGCAGCUGUGAACCCUGAAAGGACAGUUUUUGAUGUCAAGAGACUCAUUGGAAGAAAGUUUGAAGACAAGGAGGUGCAACGGGACAUGAAGCUUGUCCCAUACAAGAUUGUGAACAAGGAUGGUAAACCUUACAUCCAAGUGAAGAUUAAGGAUGGGGAGACCAAGGUCUUCAGCCCUGAGGAAAUCAGUGCUAUGAUUUUAACCAAAAUGAAAGAGACUGCUGAAGCUUUCCUUGGAAAGAAAAUCAAGGAUGCCGUUGUUACUGUACCAGCAUACUUUAAUGAUGCUCAGAGACAGGCAACCAAGGAUGCUGGCAUUAUUUCUGGUUUGAAUGUGGCCAGGAUCAUUAAUGAGCCAACAGCCGCUGCCAUUGCUUAUGGUCUUGAUAAGAAGGGUGGCGAGAAGAACAUCCUUGUCUUUGAUCUUGGUGGUGGUACUUUUGAUGUCAGUAUCUUGACAAUCGAUAAUGGUGUUUUUGAGGUCCUUGCCACCAAUGGUGAUACUCAUCUUGGAGGAGAGGAUUUUGACCAGAGAAUCAUGGAGUACUUCAUCAAAUUGAUCAAGAAGAAGCAUGGUAAGGACAUCAGCAAGGACAACAGAGCUCUUGGCAAGUUGAGGAGGGAGAGUGAACGUGCCAAGAGAGCUUUGAGCAAUCAACACCAGGUCCGCGUCGAGAUUGAGUCUCUCUAUGAUGGCAUGGAUUUCUCUGAGCCUCUGACCCGUGCUCGGUUUGAAGAAUUGAACAAUGACCUCUUCAGGAAGACAAUGGGGCCUGUGAAGAAGGCCAUGGAAGACGCCGGACUGGAAAAACAUCAGAUUGAUGAGAUUGUCCUUGUUGGUGGUAGUACUAGGAUUCCUAAGGUUCAACAGCUUCUGAAGGAUUACUUCGAAGGCAAAGAGCCCAACAAGGGAGUCAACCCAGAUGAGGCUGUUGCUUAUGGUGCGGCUGUGCAAGGAAGCAUUCUCAGUGGAGAAGGUGGUGAAGAGACCAAAGAUAUCCUCCUGUUGGAUGUUGCACCUCUUACUCUUGGAAUUGAAACUGUUGGUGGAGUAAUGACCAAGUUGAUUCCGAGGAACACUGUCAUCCCAACCAAGAAGUCCCAAGUGUUCACCACUUACCAGGAUCAACAGACCACCGUCUCCAUUCAGGUCUUUGAAGGCGAAAGAAGUCUCACAAAGGAUUGCAGAAUGCUCGGCAAGUUUGAUCUUUCUGGAAUUCCUCCAGCACCAAGGGGCACUCCACAGAUUGAAGUCACAUUUGAGGUUGAUGCCAAUGGUAUCCUGAAUGUUAAGGCAGAAGACAAAGGCACAGGGAAGUCUGAAAAGAUCACCAUCACCAAUGACAAAGGUCGUCUGAGCCAAGAAGAGAUUGAUCGCAUGGUUCGUGAGGCCGAAGAGUUUGCAGAGGAAGACAAGAAGGUGAAGGAGAAGAUCGAUGCCCGAAACCAACUCGAGACUUAUGUAUACAACAUGAAGAACACAAUCAAUGACAAGGACAAGCUUGCUGAUAAACUCGAGAGUGAGGAGAAGGACAAGGUUGAUGCGGCAUUGAAGGAGGCACUUGAGUGGUUAGACGAUAACCAGAAUGCGGAAAAGGAGGAUUAUGAUGAGAAGUUGAAGGAGGUUGAGGCUGUGUGCAACCCAAUUAUCUCUGCAGUGUAUCAGAGAUCUGGUGGUGCUCCAGGAGGUGCUUCAGAGGAGGAGGAAGAUGACUCCCACGAUGAGCUUUAGAUGGUUUUUUAUGGCUUCAUAUUUCUUUCAUCUGUUUUGAUCCUUGGUAGAGGAUUAAAGAUGCCGGCAUUACUUAGUUGUUUAGGAACUGUGUAACUUUUUUGUAACACUGAUGAUAUAUGGGAACAUAAAGCUAUGCAACCCAAUUUCCCUUUGGCUGGACUUCAUUGAUUUUGUCUUCCAAGAAAGACUGGUUUGCCGGUUUUAAGAA